AUGGUUUUCUGCCAAGGUUCAUACCGAGGAACGCACAUUAGUGGCACAAGCAAAAAAUAUCAAGACAGCUACUUUCCAAUGCGUUGGUUGAAACUGAAAAACAUCUUUGCCAAGAGUGAAGAUCGUCCGACACCACCGGAGGUAUACAACUGGCGGGUUUAUGGUACAGCGUUGAUUGCCUCAUCGGCGAGUGUGCUGAUCGGCUACGACACUGGGUUCGUCGGGGCGUGCUUCACCAACACACAUUUUCUGGCGAACUUCGGCCUCGUGCCAGACACACCGGCGACGGACACCACGGUGUCGAACCUGAUUUCGUGUUUCCAUGCAGCAGCAUUUUUCGGGGCUCUAUUCUCGUAUCCUUUGUCUCACUACUACGGGCGGAAAGUGGCGUUGAUCAUUGCGGCGGCGCUGGCCACGAUUGGUGCUGCAAUGAUGCUUGUAGGAGUUACCGGGAACCUGGGUCCAAUGUACGUGGGGCGUGUCCUCACGGGCCUAACCGUGGGGGCGUCGACAAACCUGACGGUGGUUUACUUGAGUGAGGUUUCGCCGGCUUCGAUCCGUGGUCAAAUUAUCGCUGCGUUUGAAAUCGGUUGGCGUGUGGGUGAUCUGGUUGGGUUCUGGAUCAACUACGGAAUCAGCCAACACGUUCCAGCAGGUAACAAACAGUGGAUCAUCCCUGUGGGAGUGCAGCUGAUCCCCGCAGGACUCUUUCUGAUUGGCUCUUUUGUUAUGGUGGAAUCCCCACGUUGGCUGUUCCAACAGAACCGUGACGAGGAGGCCAUCAAGAGCUUGUGCUUCUUGCGUCAUUUGCCAGUCGAAAACGGCUACAUGAUUUGGGAAAUCAACUCGAUUCGGGACUCUGUGGCCGCUCAAAAUGCUCAGAUCGGCUCCGGAAUGAUGGACCCUGCCAAGGAGGUGUUUAUCCGCAACCGCAAAUACGCCCGCAGACUAAUUGUGAGUUCGAUUUUGCUGGUCAUCCCCAACUUCAUGGGAAUUCAAUCUAUCAAUUACUACUCGCCCAAGAUUUUCCAGAACAUCGGUGUCAAGGGCACCAACGCUUCGUUGUUCUCAUCCGGUAUGUUUGGUGUGGUCAAGUUCAUCUGUACUUUCAUCUACAUUCUGUUCAUUGUAGACAACUUUGGCAGACGCAAGGCGUUCAUGAUCUCCGCCUUUGCGUGCUCUCUAUGUUUCUGGUACUUGGGGGCCUAUCUGAAGAUUAACGACCCAACCAAGCCAGGUGUCGUCGCUGGCCCAGGCGGCACUGCUGCUAUCGCCAUGAUGUUCAUCUGGACCGCUUCCUUUAUCCUCGCUUGGUCUGGUGGCCCCUUUGUGUGGAGCUCGGAAGUCUUUGAACAGAACAUCAGAACCUUUGUGCAGGCUAUCAACGCAGCCAUGUCCUGGGUCCCCAUCUUCAUCAUGACCAGGUUAACUACCACCAUGAUAGACAAGAUGCAGUACGGUAUUUUCUUUUUCUUCGCCGCCGUUGCCACUCUCGCUGUGCCAUACGUAUUUUUCUUGGUGCCCGAAACGAAAGGUAUCGCUUUGGAAGACAUGGACAAGUUGUUCACCCCAGGCAUUCCAGCAUACAGAGCUCACCAACGUGUUCACGAAGAAUACGCGCGCACCACAUUGGAAGUUCAAAAAUCCUCCUCUCAAUUCUUUAACGACCAAGAGUCGUCCAAGAAGGCCGACACCAACAUGGUCGAAGAUGCCGCUCUAUUUGACCAAAACUCUAGAGUUUGA